AUGACAUACAUUUCUAUUCUCCUCGAGAAUUUAAAAUGGUUAAGUUUCGAAAGUGAUACUGUGGUGUUGGACAAACAAUUAUUUACUCGUUCUUUGGUAAAUAAUCGUGCAUUUGAAGCCAUCAGUCAUUACUUGUUCUCUUGUCUUGAUACACAUCGUACCAACAAAGACUUUCGAGGUUGUUGGCCUGCUCGUGAUGCCUCUUCAAGUCUUAAAUAUCGUCAAGUAGCCUAUAAAUGGCUCAAUGACCUUCGUUUUAAAAGUGAAUUUCUUCUUCAAGUAUCUGUCAGAAAAAGUACUCUUCAAAACUGCCAAGGCCUUGAUAUGGAACGUCUUAUGAUGGCUUUCUCUUCUGCUGUACUUGAACUUGCGUUAAAAACCAAAGAAAAUACAAAUGUUGUUGCUAUUCACACUUUGGACCCCAAAGCUGUUCAAAAGCGUGUGAAUGAAAUCGCUGAUACUUUUUCUGAACUAGAAAAAGAAUAUGCAAAAACGCAUCGAAUCAAGCCCAGCUCUUUACGCGAAAAGACGCCUUCUCAAGGUUCAUCAAGCAAGUCUUCUUCUGGUUUAUUCCAAAGAAAUAACAACACUUCUCAAACAGAUAAAAAGCCUCAUCUUGUUCGUCGUCUCUCUCAAAAGCUGGCUCAAAAGUCUAGCUUUGUUCGUCGUCUUUCUGCUAAAUUGACCACACAAACGACUCAAGAUGAAAAUACGCCUUCUUCCAGCAAGGGAAAGCAACCCAUGACUUCUAUUGUAAAUAAUACAUCAUGUGAAAAUACCAAUCAAAUGGCUUAUCAACCUGUUUGUCCUCCAUUCACAAACAAGUUUACUCUUUGUACCAGCACCAAUCAAACAUCCAAUACAGAUACCAAAUCACAUGUAAAUACUCACUAUCAACAUACUACUUCAACCAAUCAACGCGCUGCAUCUCAAAAAGCUACUUAUGAAAAGAGCAAGUCUACUCAAGACAACAAGCCUUAUUCAUCUGUCUAUAACACUCAAGCAAAGAGCAAGUCUCCUAUUACUUAUGAAGAAAGCAAGUCCCCUAUUACUUAUGAAGAAAGCAAGUCUCCUAUGACUCAAGCAAAAGGCAAGCCUUCUGUUAACUCCACUGAAGCAUACAAGCCUUAUUCACCUGUCUAUAACACUCAAGCAAAGAGCAAGUCUCCUAUUUAUUCCACUGAAGCAUACAAGCCUUAUUCACCUGUCUAUAACACUCAAGCAAAGAGCAAGUCUCCUAUUUAUUCCACUGAAGCAUACAAGCCUUAUUCACCUGCCUAUAAUACCUAUCAAAAGAGCAAGUCUCCUGUCUAUAAUACCUAUUCAAAGAGCAAGUCUCCUAUCAGUUAUCAAAACAUCAAGUCUCCUGUUCAAGACAACAAGUCCUAUUCACCUAUUAUUUAUUAUGCUCAAGACCAACCCAAGUCUCCUGUUGUCUACUCCGCCCAAGCACAGACCUUGUCGCAACGCGCUGAGUCUUAUCAAGAGCAGCCAAUCAUAUCACCCUAUCAUACUUCCAUCAGUCAACAUUCAUCUUCAUAUACGCGUCAUCAAAGUACAUCCAUCACAGACUAUUCUAUCCCCAAGUCUCCUUUCAGCUAUGGUCCUCCUCUUCCUGCUCAGGUCUCAAGAGAAGCCAGUCAAUCGCCCUGCUUUAUUCCUUCAUCUUCAAGCCGUGUUGCGCGUUACUCACCUUAUUCUACUGUGAGACCUAAUCAAGACAAACCUUCUCGUGCCUCUUUGUCACCUUCUUCAUCAAGCUCAUUAUCUGACAAAGCAACCCCACCUCCACCUUCUUCUUUAAACGGCAUCAAGUCUUCUUUACUCUUGACUCAGAAAUUCACGCCUGCUGCUGUUCGCCAACGCGUGCGUGAUAUUCUCUCAAGUCCUGUGAUUGAAACUCAACUCUCUAUUUUACCUCCUAUCACUCAUGAAGAAAACAUGCCUGUCUCUUUACCAAGACUCUCUUGUUUAAUCACUCCUCCUCCUCCUAAGAGGCAAUUGGAAGAUGACGAUGAUGACGAAUUACCCAAUCAACGCAGGCGUAUUCUUUCUCCCUUAGAAACUGAAACUGGUACACCUUAUACCAACAGAUCUGCUUCUUCUGUCUUUAAUGACUUGGAGUCUGUAGCUUCCAUUCGUAAUGAAAGACCACCAUGGCAGCCUAUUCAACAUGAAACUAGGUUAUUUGAUAUUGAUUAUUACACUCCAUUUCGUUAAAUAAAUAACUUUAUUAU